GUGGAUAUCCCUACGGAACGGACUCGUUGGUACCUUACCUACCUAGCAACCUACCUACCUGCCUCGUCCCAAUCCCUCGCGAUUCCCAACACUACCAACCACGACCAUGACCGCACCCGACGAGUACGACCACGACGAUGACGACGAUCAUCCUUCCGUCGGUGACGGCAAUUCGAUUAACGAUGACGACCCGGAAGACGUCAAGGCACGCAAACGCAAGGAACGCUUGGAACAAAACCGCAUUUCCGCGAGGGAAUCGCGCAAACGCAAAAAAACCAUGAUUGAAGAAUUGCAGCGGACGGUCAUUACGUUGAGUCGGGAAAAUAAGGAACUCAACGAACGCAACGAACAAUUGCGACGGCAACUCAUGGAAAUUGGCACCAAGUACGGAUCGGAUGCGGUGGAUGGAAACGAUACGGCUAGCUCUAGAGUCGUGCUACUAGUAGUAGUUAUAGCGGGGGACGUCGAGGCGCUCGCCGGUGCCGCGUCACGCACCAACGGGUUCCCUGGCACGCCACGGAUCGCGUCUAUGAACUAUCCCAACGUGGUUCCCUUGCAAGCGAUUGUGGGUCAAGCCGCCGCCCACGCGCCGUCCCAGGAUGCGGCAGCGGCCGCCGCCGCGGCCCAGGCUCCCGCUCUGCAACCACCGCCGGGACAGGCGCCCGUCGGACUCGGGAACUUUAAUCCCAUGGCCUGGUUUCCGGGAGGCGCCAAUACCGGGGCUCCCGCCGGGGGCAACGGGCAAACUAAUAUGUAA